AUGACGCCGGCUACGCCUCCACGGUCUCGGAGCAGGCGAGCAGAUCAGGACGAGAUGGCGACGCCGCGGCGCGCGGUGACCGGCGGGGGGCUGUUGACGCCGGGAACGGUGGGUUGCAAGGGAGAGGCGGGGGUGGCGCGGCCACGGACGCCGGAGGGCGAAGUGCGGUCGCCGGAGCAGACGCCGCGGCGGGCGGGACGGCGCGCGGGCGCGCUGGACGAGCUGGGGACGACGGCGCGGGUGCUGUUUCCUGCUGCGCGCGAGGGUGGCGCGCCCGGGCGGCAGGGGGCGCGGCGGGGGGAUGCGCGGCCCGCUCGGCGAAAGGCGGCACGCCAGGAGCCCGGAACGCCGAGCAGCCGGAUCGUGACGUUCGAACUGGCGGAGGCUUGGCAUAACCAGUCGGGGUGUGGGUCGUCAGACGACGAGGGCGAGGAGGACGUGCGGCCGCUGCGGCUGGAGAAUCCGUUUUUGGCGCGCGGCGUGGCGGGCGCAGACGAGCGGCGCGAGCGGGCACGGCAACUCGAGGCGGCCGACCCGAGCAUCGGCCAUGCAGUGACGCUCGUGGAUAAGCGCGGGCGCCCGGUGCACCAGCGGGAGCUCACGCCGGAAGAGCAGGAGCUGUUCAAGCCGCGCAUGUUGUUUGCCCGCGAGCUGGAGGACGGGCGGCCUGGCGAUGGCAUGUGA